GAAGAAGAAGAAGUAGCGCUGCUGGCUGCAGUAAGAAGUGAUGGUGUGGAGGUCAUGUUGUUCGGGGCCAACAUGUCCGUGCUCCGCCCGACUCUCCUGCUCUGUGUGUACGGCUUCUUUUCCAACCUGCGGCCGUCGGAGCCGUUCCUCACCGCCUACCUGAUGGGCCCAGACAAGAACCUGACAGAGACUCAGGUCGUAAAUGAAAUCUAUCCGAUAUGGACGUAUUCCUACCUUGCGUUGCUGUUCCCCAUCUUCCUGGCCACUGACUACCUCUGUUAUAAGCCUGUAUUGGUCCUGCAGGCCACCGGCUUAGUAGUUACCUAUGUUAUGCUGCUGAGGGCGCAGGGCAUGCUGGCUAUGCAGCUCCUGGAGUUUUUCUUUGGGCUGGCCACGGCCUCCGAUGUGGCCUACUUCUCCUACAUCUACAGCGUGGUGGAGCCGGCGCACUACCAGAGAGUGACGGGUUACUGCCGCAGCGUCACUCUGUUCGGAUCGGCGGCCGGAUCUCUCAUCGGUCAGCUCCUGCUCUCCGUGGCCAAAGUCCGGCUGCUCCACCUCGUCAUCAUCACGCUGACGUCUGCCGCCGUGGCCUUCGUCGCUCCCUGGUUUCUGCCCAUGCCCAAGAGGAGCUUGUUUUUCCACAAGAGUCCAGGAGCAGCAGAGGAGAGGCCGCGCAGCUGCGGCGCAGCCCUGACGGAGAAGGCUGAGGAUGUAGAGAGCAAAGUGCCUCUGAACGCCACGGACGUCUCCACGAUAUCCCGGUCCUCUGAGGCAGAAAGUCAUAACAGUGGUCUUGUGGACGUGUUGCGGAUGCUGUUUGAUGACUUCCUGCAGUGCUACAGAUGUCGCCCCCUGCUGGCCUGGUCAGUGUGGUGGGCUCUGGCCACGUGUGGCUACUUUCAGGUCAUCAACUACGCUCAGGCGCUGUGGGAGAACAUUCGUCCAUCCCAUGAGUAUGAAAUCUACAACGGCUAUGUAGAGACACUCUCCACACUGCUAGGGGCUUUGGCGGCGCUGCUGGUGGGCUACCUGCCGGUGAGCUGGACUCUGUGGGGCGAGCUGGCUCUGUGUGUCCUCUCCUUGCUGAUGGCUAUUUGUGUGUUCGUCAUGGACGCGCUGGGGGACAUCUGGCUGUGUUACAGCUCGUACGUCCUCUUCAGAGCCACGUACAUGCUGCUCAUCACCGUGGCCACAUAUCAGAUCGCAGCCAGUCUCAGCAUGCAGCGCUACGCCUUGGUGUUUGGAGUGAACACCUUCAUGGCUCUGCUGCUGCAGUCUCUGCUCACUGUGGUGGUGGUGGACUCCGUUGGCCUUGGCCUCGAUAUCUUCACCCAGUUCCUCAUCUACGGCGGCUACUUUGCGGUCAUCUCUGUGGUCUUCCUCCUCGCCGGGCUUUCCAAACUGGCCUCCAGGAGGCGCUCCAAGCAGGACGUCCUGGCCAACAGCCCCACAGAAACGGAGUCGGACUCUCCCCCAUCAGUGAUGCCAGAACCUGCUGAUGAUGGCUAAUGAUAGAUAUUGAUUAGCUCCUCGCAUACUAAAGCAGUAAAGGUGAGUGGGCACAGCGCCUCCACAAGGUGACCUUCAGUAAGCUCUUCAGUCACAAAGUUUCUUUUUUUUUACUGUGUCAAAGUAGAAGGUAGAUGCUAAAACUACAGUGUAGACGCUUCCAAAUGAUGCUGGGAAGAAAGUAUACAGUGGGCUUAUUAUAAUUGGUUUGCUUAAAACCGCUGCCUGCUCCUGGAAAAACACUUGAUUAGAGCACUGAGACUGAACUUAAGGAUCUGAAACUGAUACCAGAUAUCAGCCUGAUACUGACUCAAAUAGCUGGAUCAGGUAUCCGUGACAAAGGGGCCGAUCAAUGGCCGAGUUCAGUCAGGUUAUGUACGUACUGCGCGAUACGUCAGCUUAGAUGGUAGAUCUGAACAUUUUGCUAGGAGAGCUAGCAUAGCACGGAGUUAAAACAGCACUUUGGAGGUAUUUCACUCUUGAUCAAGCCUGAUGUUGCCUUACAUGUAAAAGAAAGAUUUCCAGUCUCACAGCUUAUUAAUUUUACGCUGGUAUCGGAUCGGGACUCAGCCGAUGCCCAAAGCCCAAGUUUCAGGACUGAAAAAGUCCCUGACUGACCGGAAUGGAAAAUAACCAGUAUAAACAAAACGCUGGCCAAAGAGAGGCUGGAAAGCUCCUUGGAGCUGUAGAGUCUGGUGAUGAUUCUUCGUAAGUUCACAAACAUGAACAACACCUUUCACUUGAAAUAUAGUCAUUUGAUUCAGUGUGAACAGAAAAACAAGAUGAGUGCGGCUUUAAAAGACCACACUUCGCUGAUCACGGACAAAAAGGCUGCAUCGGAUAAACACGCACAAUUUAGAAAAAUGUUAAGCCUUCAGUUUCUGUCUGUUUCCCAGCUUAUUGAAGUUGGUGCCUUUUAGACUUGAUGGAAAAAGCUACAUAAACACCAUGAAUGGUACCUUUUUUUUUAUUAGCACAAGUACUGCUGUCUUACAAAAAAAUAUAUAUAUGUUUGUGUUUUUAUGUUUAUUCUUUCUCCCCGUAAUUGUAUAGAUUAUGUAUUGUACCAUCAUUGUAUUAAGUAUUUGUAUCAAGCUUAUCAAUAUCUUACUUUAAUGAACACAGUGCUGCUGAAGCUUGAAAUGUUACAUUGUUCACCUGCACCACAUGUUUGAUAUUGUUCGGCUGCUUAUAUCGGCACAAGAUGUUCAUCACUGCUAAAUGAGCUGUUACUGGAUUUGGAGAAGGUGCCUAAAAAGGUCAGAAACACUCGGAGUUGUUUCCUUAUUAAAAAUGUCCUAGAGAUAAAGGAAAUUAUGCAUUUGUUGCAUGUCAGCUGUGGAUGAACCCACAUUUUGUGCUCUACUGAGUAUUUGUGGCAGCAGGGCGCAGCGUUUGUGGGACUGAGUCAUUCUUAGAGGAUUGCGGGGGUGCUGGAGCCGAUCCCAGCUGACAAUCGGCGGGAGGCUGAGCAAAUCUCAGAAAGGUUGCCAGGCGGUCACCGCUUGACCUACCAGUCCCGGAGAAAACCAACACAGGCAGAGUGAGAACGUGCAGAAGGGCCCCAGCUGGCUAGUGGUUUCGCACCUCCUGUCAGCGGCCUACAGUGUGUGUGUUCAUGAGGAUAAAGGAACAUGUCACCCAGUGCAGCAGUGAGGCGCUAUGGCUCAAAGGAAGAAGAUCUAUCAGGCGUCUGACACACACAACACUAUAGGAUCCAUUCAUUGUUGGUUUGGCUCUGCACUUUGGAUGCGUUUGUUGACAGAUUUCUUUACAGAUUUUUUUUUGUUUGUUUUUUUUCAAUUGCUAACAAGCAUCGAUCAGUACUGAAGCCACUUGUUCAAAACUCUUCACACAGUCUGCAUUACCACCACGCAUCUUUGCUCACCUCAAACCACACGUCUCAAAAUAAACUCAUUUGCCCAAACGCUGGCAACGAUUCUCACUCAGACGGCAAACAUGUCACUCAUAACACACCGACCUAACAACAGGAAGCAUUACACAUAAAAGAUUAACUUGUCUCAGAUUUUUCACAUAAACCAGUAUUUCAUUAUAGAAUAAGAAAAGCAUAUUUUCACUUGAUUGACUAAAGUUUAAUAAUUACUUGAGAAACAAUGACCACAACCUGUAACUCAUGCACCAACCCCCCAGGAACAAGUCUGCUAAAGCUUUACACUCAGACUGCAGUUCUAAACCACAUUUUUUUCAAAACACCACACACACUCCUCUACGCCCACAGACGAUUUUCAAAAGAUUAUCUGUAGAUCUCAGUCUGGUUACUGAGAAAUGCAGGAGGACAUUUGCCAUCGUUCUGUUUUGAAUGUGUUUUUAACAGUUGUGGACACAGGGUGUUAGCAUUUGAAAAAUGUGCUGCAGAUGUAUCGUAGUAAUGAGAAAAGAGUUCAUUGAUUUUUGGAGAAAGACAAAAUAAUUCCCAGUUGGACUGUGCGAAGAGUUUUGACCAAUGCAUGUUAGCAGUUGAAAAAAACUUUAAUGAGCGAAAGUGUUGUAAAGGUUAUUGUCUGACAUCAACCAAAUACAUUUUGAAGAAAUAAGAAACACAUGACCAAAUAUAAACUCUAAAUACCUGCAGUCUUUCAAAAUAUGGUAUGUAACUGUAACCUGCUUAGUAGAGGACAAGAGAAACGAUGCCUUUCUUUUCUGCUGGCCAGAUGUUUUACUUCCACACAAACAACAUGACUGAUGAUGAGCGCGUUCUAGGUAUUCACGUUUUCAUGUGAUUGUUUAUGACAGUUUGUGAAUAAAUGAUGAUUGCAGCAAACAAGAAAACAAAUAACUUAAUUGUACACACUACAGAGGAAACUUCUUAUAUUGAUCACGCCUGUUCAGGUCUAAUUGAUCACCUUAAGCGGAUCAUUUUCAUAACCAAUUUUUUUUCUUUGUUUCUCAUCAAAUUACUAUCUAACUGACAUUUGUAUAUGUAUUACAUGAAUAUAAUGGAUGUAUAUUUACUCAAUUUUGAAUUUAUUUAUAUGCUAUUACUGCUAACAUUACUGGUUUUUCCAUCGCUAUAAUUUUACAUCUCAUUUUUUAACAGGCCUGAAAAUAAACUGCAGGCUAUCGAUGUUGAAUAUGUAGCAGACUGUGAAAACUAAGCUGAACGCUGUCAGCUGAAUACUUGAUUACUACACUGUAAGUGAAUUAUUUAAAAAGUAUGGGAACGAUUCUCUCUCAGGUUUUUCCUGAUCCAUAUAAGAGGUUGAUCACUGUAACCGUCAGUAUUCCUAAGCUGUUUCCGCUGUACUAUCAAGACUAAUUUCUCUCUGUGCAGAGAUGAUACAUGAAUGGAUUUUAAACAUAUGGCCUCUGCUGUGUGAGACUGUGCCUUUCCUCUUUUCCCCAUUAAGGUUAUUAUGUAGUGUAUUAAUUAAUUUUGACAUUGGUGGAGGCAGUCACCAUGUCGUGUGUAUUGUAUGAGAGCUAGGAUUUGUGUUCAAUCCUUUGCACUGCGUUGAUGUGACUUGGUCAUAGAUGAUGAACUGAGUAAAUGUUUGUGAAUGUUUGUGCUGUCUCUAUCCAAUAUCACAAUGACGUCAACAUUUUUUGCCUAAUAAUCAUGUGUUGUGUCUUUCACAUGGCUGUAUUUGCACUGUUGUUUUAUAACCAUACAGUAUAUUUUAAAUAAACAGAAAUAACAUAA